GCUUUACAGCCCUGGCUUAACACAUGCUUAGUUGCUUCGUUGCUUACAUUUACAGCCUACACGUUGUUACUUUUCGUCUAGAUUUUUCUGAUGUUUUAAUUUACCCAGAGAUGUUUUACUAAAAGGCUGACUUUCCCCUUGAUAUCUUUAUACCUUUUAAAAGUUCCCUUUAAAGUUUCAACUGAAGGACGAUCAAAUUCGUCAAAACCACAAUGGCUGAAUCAAGUUCCCGCCUUAAGUAUAUAGAAGUAGACAAUUUUAAGUCUUAUAAAGACUUUCAACGUAUUGGACCUUUUGAUAACUUCUCGGCAGUCAUUGGUCCAAAUGGCUCAGGAAAGUCGAAUUUCAUGGAUGCUGUAAGCUUUGUAAUGGGUGAGAAGUCAUCGACACUCAGAGUUAAAAGACUUGCUGAACUUAUUCAUGGAGCAUCCAUUAACAAAUCAGUGGCCAAAUCUGCUAAAGUUUCAGCUAUUUUUGAGGUUAAAGAUAAAACUGAGCUCAAAUUCACUAGACUUGUUUAUUCAAAUGGUCAAUCUGAACACAGGCUAAAUGAUGAGAUGGUAAAUUCUUCAAGAUAUUUUGCUGAAUUGGAGAAAUUAGGAAUGAAUGUGAAAGCCAAGAACUUUUUAGUGUUCCAAGGUGCUGUUGAAAGUAUUGCAAUGAAAAACCCUAAAGAAAGAACAGCGUUAUUGGAAGAAAUCUCAGGUUCUGGUGCCUUGAAAGAAGAUUAUGAUAGAUUGAAAGCAGAGCUGUUGAAGGCAGAAGAAGCGAUACAGUUUACUCUGCUGAAAAAGAAAGGCAUUGUUGCUGAUAAGAAAGAGGCUAGAAAGGAGAAAGAAGAAGCUGAAAAGUACCAAAUACUUCGCAAAGAUCUUGCUGCAGAACAAGUUACAUUCUUCUUAUUUAAGCUGUUUCAUUGUGAGAAAGAUAUCAAAACUGCUAGGGAAAAUUUAACCAAAAUAAAAGGAGAACUUGGAAAAGUCGAGGGACGCAAAGGAAAAGCAGAGGAGAUCUUAAGAGAAAAGAAGAAGGAACAAACUAAAGUCGGAAAAGAACUUGCAAAGAUUGAACAAGCCAUUCGUGAAAUUGAGUCGGAAAUCAACAAAAAGCGCCCGACCUACAUCAAAGCCAAAGAGCGAGUAACGCACAUGCAGAAAAAAUUAGAAGUCGCUCAGAAAUCGCUUACUUCAGCCAGGAAAGCGAAUGAUACCCACGCGCAAGACAUCGUUCAUCUAGAGAGAGAACUAGACGAAGUUGACAAACGGAGAGAAGAGUUUGAAACCGAAUGGCAGUCUGAGAGUCAAAGUCAAGGUCGCAGCAUCCAAUUGGAGGAAGAACAGGUUACUCAGUACCACCGGUUGAAGGAAGAUGCCGGAAAACAAUCAGCGCGUUACCAUCAAGAACUCGACUCGGUUAAUCGCGAGCAAAAAUCUGACCAGGAUAAACUGGACAAUGAGUCGCGUGGUCGAGGCGAGAUUGAAAACCAAUUACGGCAACGGCGGCACGAGCUGGAAGAGACUCAAAAACGGUUCGAAAAAUUAAUGGAACACAUUCGAACAACGGCAACGGCACUGGAAGAGCAGACAAAACUACUACGCGAUCUGACUAACGAAGUCGAACAGUCCAAGAACCAGAUCGAUACGCUACGAAGCAAGUUGGAAGAUAUCUCAAAAAAUUUGGACGAAGCUAGAGUCGACAGUCAUGAAGACGCACGUAGCCGUAGAAAGCGAGAAAUUGUCGAGGACUUGAAGCGCAACUAUAGUGGAGUUUACAAUCGAAUCUCUAACAUAUGCCAACCUGUUCACCGACGUUACAACAUCCCCGUCACUAAGGUGCUCGGCAAGUAUAUGGAAGCCAUCGUGGUCGACAACCAAGAAACGGCCAAAAACUGCAUCCAGCAUCUCAAAGAGAAAAUGUUGGAACCGGAAACGUUUCUCGCUCUUAGCUAUCUAACGGCAAAACCAUUAAGGGAGCGUCUUCGUGUCACCAUGGAACCCUUUAACGUUCAUCUGCUUUACGAUGUGUUGAAGUUCGACCCGCCCGAGAUCGAGAAAGCAAUUUUGUUCAUUACUGAUAACGUGUUGAUUGCAAACACGCAAGAAGAGGCCAUGAGAGUGGCUUUUGAAAUGGAAGAAUCUCAUGCCGUUGUUGCCCUGGACGGCACAUUCUACCAGAAAAGUGGUCUUAUUUCUGGCGGCUCUCGAGAUUUGCAGAAAAAGGCUGCCCGUUGGAACGAAAAGCAGCUAAGUGCUUUGAAAUCCAACAGAGAUAAACUAAAUGAAGAAUUGCAAGAAGCCAUGAAGAAGUCGAGGAAGGAAUCUGAGCUCCAGACGAUCAAUUAUACAGUUAAAGGUUUGGAUUCUAGGUACCGCUACGCAUUGGCUGAUCGUGACAAAACACAGAAGCAGAUAGAGCAGUCAAUGAGAGAAAUUGCAGAACUAGAAGAAAAAUUGAGAAAUUUUGCACCGGCAACUGAUCAAAUCCAGAAAAUCAUACGAGAAAGGGACGCUACUAUCCAGAAGGUUAAAGAACGUAUGAACCGUGUAGAAGACACAGUUUUUGAAGAAUUUUGCUCUCAAAUCGGUGUGGCCAACAUCCGGCAGUAUGAAGAACGGGAACUCAGGACACAACAAGAGCGAACCAAGAAGCGCCUCGAAUUUGAAAGCCAGAAGAAUCGCAUCCUAAACCAGUUGGAGUUUGAGCGUUCCCGAGACACACAAGCCAUUGUGGAACGGUGGGAGCGGUCUGUGAGGGACGACCAAGAGGAAUUAGAAAGAGCCAAACAGGCAGAAGAAAAACAAUUGAGUGGAAUCGGUAAAGAAAUUAAGAAGGUGGAAGAAAUGAAAUCGAUGCGAAUGUGCCAAAAGAACGACCUAGACAACAUGGAUGAAGGCGUGGUCUUGGCUCGACGAGAUAUGGGAGCAGUAACAAAAGACCUGCUGAACAUUCAGAAGUCUAUAACUAAUUUAGAAGCGAAUAUUGAAAAAAAAAGAAGUGAAAGGCACAGCAUUUUGAAUAAAUCAAAGAUGGAAGAUAUCGUUAUUCCGAUGUCGCUUGGUAACAUGGAAGACAUUGGGCAAGAUAGUAAUGCUACCGGAAGUAUGAAUAGCGAGUCUGUCACAACCAGUGGUAGCGAUUCCAUUAGCAUUCCACAAAACUCUCAAACGAUAUAUGAGCGAGAAGAACGAAUUGUUGUCGACUAUUCUAAUCUACCUGGCAAGUAUAAAACUCUUCUUGUAGCGGAUGAAAUACGCCGUGAAGGUGAUCUCCUAGAACGUCGCGUGAACGAGUUGAGCCAUACAGUUCAGCAUAUUAAAGCCCCUAAUAUGCGGGCUGUGGAAAAAUUAGACUUGGCAGGGGAAAAGCUACAAGAGACCAACACAGAGUUUGAAAAGGCUCGCGCCAAAACCAAGAAAGCUCAACAGGCAUUUGAAAGAGUAAAACAAGAGCGCUUUGAUCUCUUUAUGUCUUGUUUUGAACACGUUUUGAAUAAAAUCGAUGGCAUUUAUAAGUCGUUGGCGAGGAACAAUUCUGCUCAAGCCGUUUUAUGCCCAGAAAAUCCAGUAGAACCCUACCUUGAUGGAAUCAAUUACAACUGUGUCGCUCCGGGCAAACGUUUUCAACCCAUGUCCAGUCUUUCCGGAGGAGAAAAGACCCUCGCGGCAUUGGCAUUGCUAUUCGCCAUUCACAGCUAUAAGCCAUCUCCUAUCUUCGUACUGGAUGAGAUCGACGCAUCUUUGGACAACACAAACAUCAGUAAAGUGGCUCGGUUCAUUAGAACAGAAGCAACCAACUUGCAAGUUAUCGUUAUCUCGUUGAAAGAAGAAUUUUACCAACAUGCUGAUGUGGUAAUUGGAGUUUACCCCGACCCUGGGGAGUGCCUCAUUAGCAAUGUGCUAAACCUGGAUCUUUCCGAAUAUCCGCCACACAUGUUUGGAUAGACUCAAUAUCAAAUGACUUCACUCGUCAGUUUUUGUUUUAAUCUUGUACAUUUCGCAGUUUUAAGCGUAUACGUAUGAUACAGGAUGAUUGGAUAUAUCUUUGUGCGGUUGCUUUCGUUCAAUGAAACAUGCAUGUAAGUGCAUUCCUUUAAAUAAUCCAGAUGUCCUCAC